AUGUCCUGCAGGUAAGGAGAGAAAUACACAAAAUAAGGCCGAGUUUAGAAGGCUGGGGGUGUUACUAAGAAGAAUGUUGAUAUUUUAAGGGGGGGUUCGCACCUCACCGUACCGGCAGAUUUGGCUUUAGUUUGCUCGUGAGUGUUUGUUGUUUUGGCUGCUAUUGACACAUUUUAUGAGUUUCUGCAUAUGUUUUGUAUUGUUCAUGUAGCAGUUGAUUUUUCAUAAUUAAAAAUCACAUGCAUAUAUAUCACCUAUUAUCCUUUAUGCAUGAGACUUCUGCAUCUAAAAGCAUAACAUAUGUUGAAAUCCUGUUAUUUUUGGCUGAUAUGUUGCAUGUGUGAUUUCUCUCUAUUUUUCAUGACCUCCCUUUCGAGGUAAAUUCCUUGAAGGAUCACAUUUUUAGUCUGAGUGUGUAUUAUUCAAAGCAGAUUACUGCUACUAAACCUAACCCUCUCUUUUUUUUUUAAAGAGAAAUGCAAUUUUUCACUCAACAGAUGGUUUGCAUGAUUCAUGACUUUGUGCUUGUGUUCAGGACUGUGUGCUGUAACCGCUGGUCAUCUGAAGAGAGGUUAGAUGGGAAAACAGUCAUCAUCACUGGUGCUAACACUGGUAUUGGCAAAGAGACCGCCAGGGACUUGGCAAGAAGAGGUACAGCUCUGUCUAGCUCUUUGUGUGUAUGUGUGUGUCCACCACCUGCAUCAGUCCAUUUCUGGCUAAGUCACAGUGAUUUGUGUUUCCCCUCAUUCGUUUCAUUUUCACUCACUUUCCCACUGUGACUUAUACAUUCCUCUGUUUUUUCUCGAGUUAAGCACCUCUAAUACGUGGGUGGUUUAAAGCCAUAAAGCAUGAUCUUUAAGUGCGCCUCAAAUAUCCACCACCUGUUUACUCCGUCACUGUGCUUGUAUGUUUAAUUCAAAUGUCUCUAUGAGAAGUGUUUUCCUGACCUCUGCAUACCUUAACCCCUAACAUAACAUUUCAAGACUGUGACAAAUGGUGGAUGUUAAACAGAAAAGAGGGCUGUGUUAACUGAAAUGAGCGUCCUGUUUAACACUUCACCAGUUCAAGUGAUGGAAGACAGAUGAGGCAUCAAGGGGACAGAGGGAGCAUUGUGAGGGUCCGCUCCCCUCCUGAGCCAGACAGGAAACAAAGAGAGAUGGGAGGGUGCACCCAGACAGACGCGCACACAAGCACAAGCACAAGCACAGCAGUGAAUAAUUUGCAAACUGGUUCUGCAGACUUUAUUUAGUUUGCUAAUUUGUCAGCACUUUUUUUUCCGCACUAUUGCAUGUGCAUUGUGUUUAUUUCACGCAAGCACGCACAAAAAUUAGCCUUCAUUUUGCCAAUAAGAGGGCAACAGCCAAUCACUUUCUUUGUCUAUUAAUUUAAGAUAACUUAAUUAAAAUGAAUGAAGAGAGCCACUGUGAGAAAUAAAAAAUAGACAGGACUCAAAUACUCAUCUCACACAGAGAGCGCUGUAGUCCUUUCUCCUUGGGAAUCCUCUGUCAUAGCACUGUAUCAUGCCCCGGCUAAUUGGAUUGUGCAAUAACAUGAUGACAUAAUGAUUAGAUUCGGUAGGGUUCAUAACAGGAGGUGUGUCCUCGGGCAUCAGAUCAAGGAAAACUAAUUGAAUCUCAGCCUUUGUAAUCAUUUUUGUUUGAUUAUUUUGGCUGAAUUCAACAUGUUGAGGGAGUGGAGUGGCACAUUACUCAUCCACGUCAAAUGGCAAAAGUCAGUGUUUGAAAGGGAAAAUGAGAAAGCGCUGUCAUAUUUACAUUCAGAUCGACUGAAUGUACGAAACAGGAAUUAGCAUUUGCAUCUUGCACAUAUCUGCAUACUGACAUUAUUUAUGCAUGCAGAACAUUGUGUACUCAUCUCCCCAUUAUCUUAAACUUCACACAGUGUAACCCUCACUUAUCAAGACUUAUUUAUUUUUUUGUUAAUAGGAUGAACUUGACUAACAAGUAAACGUGGGAACAAUUGGCUUCUCCCAUAUGGGAACAGCAGGGGUGAAACAAAGACUCUGAUGGGAUACAGAUGCUUCGCUCCAACUGAUUAAUGGCUCUCCUCUUCCAUAAUUGCCGGGCAAAGCAGCUACUUUGUGUGUGAGUGGAGUGUGUGUGUGUGUGUGUGUGUGUGUGUGUGUGUGUGUCAGGGUUGGAGGAGUUGUGUUUCUUUAUAGUUUUUGUUUGUGUGGGCACGCAUGUUUAGUUAGUGUGUGUGUGUGUGUGUGUGUGUGUGUGUGUGUGUGUGUGUGUGUGUGUGUGUGUGUGUGUAGCUGUCCAAGCCCCCUUUUCUAGGCUCAUUAUAGAGAAUGCAGCGUAAAUUGCGUCAGAGGCGAAUGAGAAUGACACAGUUGAGAGGGUCCUGUGUUCAUGCGAGCGCAGCGGUUGGUUAAAUGAGUGAGAGUUAAGAAUGCAUGCGCACCCCACACACAUACGCACACGCAAAUUAGUGGCAUAAGUGGCGUUUUAUACCCGCAAAAGAGCAAAGCUUUUGUAGUAAUGAGUUUAGAAACUUUCCAGUGUUUUGCACCAGCUAAGUGUAGAGUAUUUGCUUCAGUAUGUUGCGGGAAAAAAUGGCUCUGUCCUGUGGUUUCUCAUGAAAUGUGGGGGAUUUACUCGCAGUGAAUAAAACUGAACAGAAAAGGUCAAAAGUUCUCAUCGAAGUGCUCCAUGUACUCAUAAAUUUUCAGUUUUACUGUGCUGCAAGCCACUCGAGUUUGAUGGGAAACUGAAAAUAUAAUAGUAUCAUCACUCUCUCUGACCUUUUGGCCUUUUGUUUUCGAAGGUGCACGCAUCAUCAUGGCGUGCAGGGACCUUGAGAGGGCAGAGGAAGCGCGGACAGAUAUUUUGGAGGACACAGGAAAUGAGAAUUUGGUCAUCAGGAAACUGGAUUUAUCCGACACAAAGUCUAUCAGAGCGUUUGCUGAUCACAUCAACAAAGGUAGCAUACUAAUCAUUAGUUAAACAAGACAUUUAGUGCUUAUUUAAUCAUUUACAUUUCUUAGUAUUACCAUUUUGUUCUUAUCUGUUUGUUGCUAAUGUUUCAGAGGAGAGACAAGUCAACAUCUUGAUCAACAAUGCGGGCAUCAUGAUGUGCCCGUACUCCAAGACAGCUGAUGGGUUUGAAAUGCAGCUGGGGGUCAAUCACUUGGGUAAGUCAUGCUGCGUGUUUUCCAUGGACUAUAUAAUACAUGGGUUAGUAUUAGGGCCCGACCGAUUUAUCGGGGCGGUUGAAUCGGCCAGUUUUAGCCCGUUUGAGACUUAUUGGUAAUCGGCCAAAACUCGCCGAUUUUCAAAGAUAUUUUUAGAAAUAAAAUGCGGAGAAAAAGAUUAGGUUUCACUUCGAAAAUGUUCCGCCAUUUGAAAAGUUCCCUGACUUAUCCUGUAGAUGGCGCAGCGACCUCAUGACAAUCUUGAUCCACUAACUACCUCACAGCACAGCAGAGUGACGGAUCUGAGGUAGGCAGCUCAGCACACAGAGGAGAGUGGUCCACCUCAACGGUAAAUAAACCAGUUCGUGAAAUACACAAUAAGUCGUGUUAGCCGUGCUGGUAACGGUAGAAUAAACAACAGUACACAUUACGUGAUUGAGCUACUUCUCUACUGAGGCAGCUGCAUGUCUCCAGAUGAGACCAAACUGGAAAUGUGUAACGUGAGUUAAGACGCGGAGACACCGAUCGGCAGGGGGGGCAGUUGAAAACGCUUUUCUGGUCCGAGUUUGAUCAGUCGCUCUUCCUGUUGGCGUGAAGAGCAAUAGCCUACAGUAUAUCUACAGUAUAUAGUAUAUCUACAAUAUAUAUAUAUAUAUAUAUCUACAAUAUAUAUAUACAUAUAUAUACAUAUAUCUACAAUAUAUAUAUAUAUAUAUAUAUAUAUAUAUAUAUAUAUAUAUAUAUCAUAACUUCAUAAAAAAAAUCGGCUGAUCAAUUGGUAAUCGGAUUUCUCCCCCCGAAUAAUCGGCAUCGGCCCCAAAAAAUCCAUAUGGUCGGGCCCUAGUUAGUAUUAGUGUUGGUGAUCCUACUCGUGUUUCUGAAGCUGAAUUUUGAAGCUUAUUGACUGCAGUCACCAUAUUGGAAAUACCUCUGGCCUUUAGUCUCCUUGCUAACAACUCCACAGUGUUGUCACUUUUUGGCUGGCUGCUGAUAAACUCUGCAGAGGUGAUAUGCAGAAUGAACAUCCUGUAUUAUUAGAGUUACCUCCUGGUUGACUUGUAUAGAUAGAUCAAACAUAUGUGGAAAGAGUCUGCCGGCUGUUCUUCACAUUUCUUUUAACACAGACCCCUUCCAACCUCAGCCGUCUGUACACAUUUGAUUUUGUGAGUUACAAAAUAUUGCAUCAGAUUACCCCAACAAAAAACCGCAAGACAAGUCCAGAUCAUUUCUCCGACUCAAACGUGCUCAGAGUGUAUGAUGGACAAGAAAAAGUGGUCUAUCCCACCCACCUCGACAAUUAUUCAGGUAAUCAUGAUCUGUGUUCCUGAAAUCAGAUUCUGAGGGGAGUUUUUGUCUUUAAUUUAAACAGUUGAUAUCUCUCUAAAAAGAGUUUAUUGCUCCGUAUAGAUCCCAAUUGUAUAUCCAACUGCAAAAUUCCCAGGUCUGUCCUCUCGGUGUUUCCCAGUAUUGAACAAUGGCUUCCUUCCAAAUGAUCUAUGCCUCUGUGGUAUUUUUAUCCCAGGCUGACAGAGAGAGGAACAGUCUGUGCUCCAGCAUGCUUACAACAUACAUGUGAGCAUUCAUGGAUGACAUUCCUGUACAUUUGAAAACAUCCACAUGCGUACUCAAAUUUGGCUGGAACAACAGUACAACAGGAAAGAAGGAACAAUGUAAGGAAAGUGAGGGAGUGAGGGAAGGAAAGUUUCCUUUAAGAGGUCCAAAUGUUAAUGUUAAUGUAUGGGGAGCCUUUCUAUAGUGUGUAAGUUUUAAAAGGACAGCGAUCUGGUUUUAAGAGAGUAUACUUUUAAGUACUGCAUUGUGCUGGUAUGAUGCUUUCCAAAUCAGUCAGAAUGAUAUGAAAGGAGACGGCCAAGUUAGAUCCGAGCUGGACUUAAUAUUUUAUGUGGACUAUGACAUGCAGAAGAUUUUUUACAGAUCUUGGGAAGAGAGCAAUAAGCAGUGGGGAUACAUCAAAAAGAGGACAAACGGAAAAUCCUCAGAUAUUUGGCUCUUAAAUCAAAUCAAAAGACUUCUGCCAUCAAAAUAAUUUACUGUGUUACUGAUGAAGAGUCGUACAGUAGUGUAAAAGGUUUCCAGUACGGGCUCUUAAUUGGAGCUCUACGUUCAGACCCACAAAAUCAAAACACAUGUCAUGGUCACAGAGAAGAUCGACUUUCUUUUCACCAUAUUGUGGAUCAUUAAGCAGAGGAGAAGCAGAGAAAAUUACAUGUGUCUCCUUCCCUUCCAAAGACAAAAUAUACAAAGACCAGUGCAUCAGAACAUGACAUAAUGGUUGACCUCUCCCCCUCAUGUUUUUUUCCCCACUCUAUUCAUCUGGUUGGGGGCUCCUGCGCAAGACUGAGCAUUAGUUUUUUUUCCUGCCUGUGUCACCAGGAGAGAAACACUCGCUCUGAGCUGCUGGAUCUUGAAUUCAUUUUGCAGUUCUCAUAAAAUAUGUACUCUAGAGGUAUGCGUAAGUUAAUUCCAUAUUGAUAUCAUGUGUUUCUAUCUGGCAGUCUUAAGCAGAUCAGGAUGAAUAUCUUUGCUCCGUUCAUCUGUCUUAAACUGAUCCUGCUGUCAUAAAGAGCAACUAAAUGUAAAUUAAUGCUCUAAGGAGAGGGAGUCCACAUUGUAGGACCGAGAGUAACAGUUUUUCUUCAACCUUAACUUUGUUUUGUAAAAGUAAAUAAUGACAAGAAUCUUUUUUUGUCACUGUCAAAUUUAGAGGAAUAAACAAGUCCUCAAAUUCAUGAUUUCUUCACUUGGACGGCAGAAAAGUCAGAAACUUCAGCCCUGCAAAAGCAGCAAAGGAGGGUUUCAUUUGGAGCUGCUGCUACAGCACACGCAAGAAAGACAGGCACUAUUUUUAUACAUGAGAAACACACCAGAAGUAACAGGAAUCCAGAUAGAGUCCUGUGGGUACAGUCAGCGAUGUCUCCGAGUGUCACAGGCUGUUCUUUUGAGUCUUUUUUAUUUUAAGUAGGCUGUGUGACACAUUCCCUGAGAUGCUUGUCGAAAGUUUUUUUGUAUUUCGGUUCACACCUGACUCCUCAAACUUUAGACAGCGAAUUAAACAGUCGUACUUUUCUUAGCCAGAUACAUGGUGGAUUUCUCCUUUUUGUGGCAUGGAAUGCGUGGUAGAGUAAUUCUACAUUUAGUGAACAUAUUAUGUGUGGGAAGUGGUGAUAAUGGCGUCAUAUAUAAUGCCUUAUGUUCAGAUCAGGAGAAAAUUUCCCAUCCCCCAGGAGAUUUACUAUCCAUCACAGGGUUUUGGUGUAUAUGGAAUUUGUUUUGUUAGCCUCCAACAAUUCCCUCUUCUCUGUCUCAACCCUCAGGUCAUGUCUUGUUGACUUACCUGCUGCUGGACCUCAUCAAACGCUCAGCUCCUGCCCGUAUUGUUGUUGUUGCAUCGGUGGCGCACACCUGGACCGGCCUCCGACUGGACGACCUCAAUAGCGAGGAGAGUUAUGAUACCAUGAAGGCGUACGGGCAGAGCAAACUUGCUAAUGUCCUGUUCGCGCGCUCACUUGCCAAGCGGUUACAAGGUGAGGUGAGAUGGCUGGAUAAAAAACAGAAAAAAGAAAAUUGGGAAAGUCUUGAAUAUCUUUGCUUUGAGUUUUGAUUUCAACUUCUAUUAGAGGUUCUUUUCGUGGGUAGAGAGGCAACCGUUUGUUUGUUUUUUUUGCCAAGAGACAUGAGUCAGAAAAUCAGUGUAUCAAGUUUUUUUCUUGGACAGCUUGCAAAAAUGUUCUUCUUCAUUUGGUAAGAUUAUUUUCCUGUGUGGAAAAAUUCUGCUUCCAUCUGCUUCCAUUUCUCUGGAAAUGAAGCAUGUUGUUGCCUCGAUUUCUUUUUCCUUUUUGUUCCUUUUUUUUAAUGGCAAAAACGUGAAAGAAAUCAUUUUAAUGUGAAAACUCUCAAAUCCAGUUUUCAGGGGGUGUAGCUGGCAGAAGUGAGUGGCUUUUAGCUGUGAAACAAAUGUUGUUGUUUUUGAUAUUGCAGAUACAGGCGUGAGCGUGUUCUCUCUGCACCCUGGGGUGGUGCAGUCUGACCUGUGGAGGCACCAGCACCAGUGUAUCCAGGUGGCGGUGAAGAUCUUCAGGAUUUUCACAAAGACGACAGUGGAGGGAGCACAGACCACCAUCUACUGCGCCGUGGAACCACGUCUGGAAAGCCUGAGCGGAGGGUACUUCAGGUACACACCCACAGUAUUUCAUUGUCGGUUAUAUAAGCGCUCUGAAAAAGCAGAUUUCCCACUGAGGAGCAUAAUAACCUGCUGACUAACAAAAGGGGAACAGUACUGCAUGAGGCUGUGAUUGAACACUUUGAUUCUUAUUUAAGACUCACACACAAAUGCAUCACACAGUGUUUAAUGGUCACCUUUUGUCUGUGUUCUUGCUCAGUGACUGUGCUCCUGCGGCGUGUUCAAGGGCUGCUUCUGAUGACGACUUGGCCCAAAAACUGUGGGACAUCAGCUGCAACAUGCUCGGCAUCACCUGGCAAUGAAAACAGGCGAAAGGACCUACUUUUAUAGAGGCAUUCAGUGUGUUAAUAUAAAACUAUAUUUUGUCUCAAGAGUACAGUCCACUUCAAAUGUAACUGGAUCCUAAUCAAGAGCUGCUUAAUUUUAUAAAACAUCAAAAAUGAAUAGGUUAUUAUAUAUGUACCAAACAAGAUUGCAUAGUGUUUUACCAAUAUAUCAAACUGUUUGUGAGCAAUAUCAAUGUAUUUUAUACUUCUUGUCUGUCUUUUUAAUGUACUUUUAUAUACAUAUGUGGGCAUUCUUUGUUAACAUUAGUCUAUUUUGUAGUGCAGAUGCUGAGCAGUCCUUUUAUCCUGUAGAAAAUUAGCCAGCAUUAUUGUGCCUUGAAUGAAAUGACCUGAUUUAUGGAGAAACUCGUGCAGAGUUGGCUAGUUUAAAGUGACAUGUACAUAACAAACAGUUUAAAGCACUUAUUUGGUAUACAGCAGGAGCUUUCAGUAUCAGAAUGGACAUUAUGAAUCUGUGAAACUUGAGUCAUCUGUCUCCUCUGUCUCACAGUUGUGUUAUAACCAAUUUAAUGCAUGCAGAUUGUAAUUUUAUUGUGCCUACAAUGUGCCAGCAUGUCGAGGCUUCACAAAAGCCUCUAAAUUUGGGAAUUUGUUAACAUAACAAUGUAAAAUAAACCAGUUUCAUUGGCAUAUACACUGAAAAGAUCUUUUCAAAAUGUUUACAUGUGUAAGUUUUGACUUUGUAAAGAUAAAGAUCACGUUUUUAAAUGUCGUGAUUUCCCGUAGGUUAUAUUUUAGAUAAAAUUUUCCACAGCACCACCAGAUUCGAGGACUGUCAUCAAACUUUUUCCACUACUUGGCUGAUUUUUUAAAAUAAAGCUAUUGCAUAUUAUUGCAUUAUCGCCUACAGCAUGCAAAUGCAUCUGCAGUGCUGGUUUGAAAGUUGCUCCAAGUGUUAGACUUGUCACUCUGCCAGAUGAGUGAAAUACAAAGCAAAAAUGAAAAGGAGCAGACUUCUAUUCAGAAGCUGCAUCGUAAUCUAGAUCACAUGAGGGCUACUAAAGACUAAAGGAAUGUGGCUUGAGCAAGGACAGGGGCUACACAGAGGGUACGACCAAUGCCACCUAGGGAUACAAUGUUUAUUAUAAUUGAAAUAAAGUAUUCCCCUAAAAAAAUGUGCCAAAUACAAAAAUAGCAGUGACAUUUAAUCAAAAUGCUAAUGAAAAGGAAAAAAAGUGCCACAUGCUCCACUAUCCACAAGGUAAACAACAAGCUUGAUAAGAUUGGUUGAAAUGAGUGCAGGGUGAAAUGCAGCCUGUCUCCCAGAGCUGCCCCAAGCCUCAAUGGGGCCCUAAGCAAAAUGUGAUUUUGGGGCCCUCUAUUUCUGCCAAUAAUAUUGAUUGUUGAUCAUUCACACACCUUCACAAAUCUCUUAAACAUUACAACAACUGUAUAUACAAUACUACUCUUGCUGUCUCCGUUUCAAAACCUCCCAGCAUGUAGGUGGCACUGUGGCUACCAAUGAAGCUCAAAUGAAUAGGGGGAAGCCCGUACUCGAAGUUGUACGCAUGCGCAUCUAAAGUCUACGUCAGCUCUUCUUCACUAACAAGCAGCCCGAAAGCUACGUGGCUCUUAUUCCUCUGACCGUCUUCGCAUCUGACACGACCUCAGACCCAGGUAAGAAGAGGACCAUUUACCAAAUUUUCUUAGAUUUUUGUUUUAAAUUAAUGUUUCAUGCCUUCUUGUGAGCCUUUAAAACGUUGAAUUUCCAGUUACGCAUACUUACGUCGACCUAACGUAAGAUUAGCGUUAGCCUACGAGAACAGUGGAGCAGUCAAACACAUUUUAAAACAGUUUUAAUGAUAAUGAGUCUCAUUUUUGUCCUUUAUUUACAAGUUAAUAGGAAAACAAAGGAAAAGGAUUUAGUUUGAUGUGUUUUAACAGUCUCAUUAUUGUUAUAUUUGUGAAAGGUUGACGCUGCUGAAGUCAACGUCAGCACUGAAAAAAGGGUCCAGCUGAUUUUUUUCUAACACAGUUCUGGUUCAUUUCUCUGUUUUCAGCCCGACACCAUGGAUCAGGUUAUGCAGUUUGUUGAGCCCAGCCGGCAGUUCGUCAAAGACUCCAUCAGGCUCGUAAAACGAUGCACAAAACCCGACAGAAAAGGUAGGUUUAAUCACACUCAUUGGUCCACUCUUUACUGGACUAACAGCAGUGUUGACCCAUCUGAACAUCACUACUGCUCAGUCUCCACCCUGGACUUAUCUGUUUAGAUAUUGUGAAUAAUUUAAUGUGUUUUAAAAGUCUUUCUUUUUGUCUCAUCCUCAGAAUUCCAGAAGAUUGCCAUGGCCACAGCUAUUGGGUUUGCCAUCAUGGGAUUCAUUGGUUUCUUCGUCAAACUCAUCCACAUCCCCAUCAACAACAUCAUUGUGUAAGCAGCAAAUACACAUUUUAUUCACGUUUAAACAAAACAUAUGAUGUCUGAUUGAUGUGUAGACAUUUCUAUGAGAGGUUAAUAUGCAUACUUUGAAAAAGAGAGGUUCUGAAUCAGACAGAUUAUACUUAGAAAGUGCUUUUUUUGGACUGGAUGAGUGUGUUGCAGUGGUAUCACAGGGUUUUUGCUGGGUCUGAAAAACACUUAAAAUGUCUGAAAUCCAAUUAUUUGAAUUUUAAGGCCUUAAAUUGUCUAAAAUUCUCUUAAAACCUCAUAAAAUGUCUUAAACACGAAUUUGGAAGGCCAAAUGGGAUGGAAUGUAAAAUGGAUCUUAAAUUGUAUUUAGUGUGGUCUAAAAAAAGUCUUAAAUUGAAACCUCCAGAAACCCUCUAUCAGUGACAGCUCAUCAGAGAGGUGGUGUUCCUAAUCAUCUGGCCGUAGAUCAGAUGCUUUAUUAUCUCAACUUGGCAUUUAACACUCGCAAACUGAGUCUGCAAAAAUCUAGUUUACUGUUAUUUUUGUUAUUUGAACAGUUCUUGAAUUUGUAGUAUAGUUCUUAAAGUGGAGCAUGAGGCCUGUAAUCAUUUGUUGACAUGCCUCAGCUUUCUUAGUGUGAUACAAUCACAUCAAGUUUAUAAUUUCAAAGCAGUGUGUAUAUCACGUAUAAAGGCUUUCACACACACGGGUGACCCAGGUUUCCUCUCAACCUUCCCACUCUCUCUCCCAGUGCUAAAUUGAAGUCACACUGAUUUAUUUUAUUGCACUGAUCAAAAAUGAUUUCUUUCAUCACCCAAACUGACAGUCAUAGUUAUAAAUCUUUGUGCACUGUUUUGAUUCCUCUUUUAGCUAACACUUCCUUUCUUUUUUCUUCUUCUAGUGGUGGUUAAAUUCUUCUUGAACAACAACUGAACAUCAAAUUCUUGGAUCUGGAGACUGUGCUGCAAAGUGUUAUUGGGCUGGUGCGGAUUGGGGAUGAAAGGGUUGACAUUUUUACAUUCUGUGCACGACAUUUAUACUUCUCUAUGUAAAUAAAACUCACAAAUGGAAACCAACAAUCAGAUAUGUGCAGUUUAUUCAAUACACGCUGCUCCCAUUAGUUUGGUUGUUAUUUAUUUUUCUGACUGAGAAAAGCAGAAUAAAUCCAGCAAAGGCACAGAUAAUGUGAAGAUGGUGUACUGUAUUUUUACCUCAUACAUUACAGAUUGUACAUGUUGUUGUUCUGAGAAGUCUUGAUAGAAGAUGCUGAAGGCACAAAGUGGAGGGUGGCACUUGUAAGAUACACUGUGGUGACUUCACUCACUGUAGUUUUCUUUCCUCAAACUGUCACUGAAUACUUAAUAAGUGAUUCAUUUUGAGUUAGAGUGCUGGAUUUUCAUGCACGUGUUAAUAUAGUCACAAUAAUGUGGAAAAAUCUUUGGCAAUAAUUGUAGAAGUUCUUCUCCUGAUUUGAUGAUAUCACUACUCAUAAAAAUGUGAAAACUGCCUCAUGUAAUCUUACUAACAUGUAAAACUAGUGAUGAUCUUGAGAAAUCUCAGCUGUGAAAAGAGUUCAGGAAGGUUGGUGCUCCCUUGUGUCAUUCCCCAUCCUUGUAAAUGCCCAUACUCCAAAGCAGAGGCUGGUCUGUCGUCACUGUGACAGGCUUUCUGGGAUUUCCAGGUGCAACAGGUUCAUAGGCGUUGGAGGUGCUCACCAGCUUCCCAAACUGCAGGACUUGGUUAUCUAGACAAAGACAUGAUUACAGACAGAGUUACAAAGUUGAAUUUGAUAUUGAGUUAAGCUGAUAAUCGGUUUUCAGUCUGGAUAGUGUCUGAGAUUUAUGAGAGGAUGUGGUCUGGUGUCCCGACAUGACCACAACGAGGUGGUCCACAUGACGCUGCUUCACGUCUGACCAAAGCAACUUGGCCCUGACGAAGCAAUCUGAGGCCACGCAGGGUUUACAGCUAAAACCACACACAUUCACAGAGCCUAAUAAGCAGGGGCCCCUGAGCGUACUCCCACGUUGUGCUUAGUGAAGUGCUACCAAAUCCUCUCAAAGAGAACCAUUGAGCUGCCACGAACAGGAGAGGUGACCACUGAGGUGUAGGAGUCACAGUACUUUUAAUGACUGGCACAACGAAGGGGACAAGCUCUUUAAGGACGACAAUGUUGUAGAGUUUCAAAGAAUGAAGCCCAGUUCAUUUGUAAAGUCACCUGAAUAUCAUAGUAGUCGGUUUUUAAUGUUUUGCAGCGGCUUUAGUAUUUACUUUUAUUUCUGGCCUUUUACAAAUGGUCAUUAUCAUAUUACUGUCACUUACACUCAUUCAAAUCUUGUGAAUAUUGUUCUCUUCUUUCUUUCAUUGUUUUGUUUUUGAGUGUGGCUGCUCCACAUGAUUAAAAUCAGCUGGCUAACACUGCCAUCUAGUGGUCAAACCAGGAAACAGAUAUGUGCAGAUUAGAGGGAGCAAAUUCUCCUAUUGAGAGUGUAUUUGGUCAAGAAUUUACGAGUAAUAUGUAUAAACGAGGAUUUGUUUUAGACCCUAAUGUUGAAACUCACUAAGAAUUGUUUUUGUAAUUUAUUGAGUCAAGAAAGUAACAAAAUAUUAAGAAAAAUACAAACCUAUAUUUGCAGAUUUGAGAAAAACAAAACAAUCAAACAUACAACAAUCCUGAAACUCAUGGGGAUGUCGUCUAAUUUUUGUCAGAUUUAUGAUUUAGCUUUAAUCCCCGUGAUUGACUCCCAACCUGUCUAGAGGUUGCCAGCCCUAGCCCCCCUGAUCCUACAGGGGUGGUGGUGGUACAGAUAACGGAUAGAGUAGUGGAUGGAUUUAGCACAAAUCUAAGCCCAUGAACAGCUAUGUGAUUGCGAGUCCAGCCGUCAAUUUCAUCCCAUAUUUCAUUUCUUGAAAUGAAAUAACUCAAUAUGGAGUUAUCAAGCUGCCAGUCAGACAGCUGACAACGCAACCUGGUAUUAGGGAAGUCCAAUCUGGAAGUCGUUCAUAGCAAACUGCUGCUACAAUAUCAGCCAAAAUAGUAACCCCACAUUUUUACCUUACUCUUAACCUUAAUUACAACAAAAUAGAUCAAUUAUUAAAAAAAAAAAAAGAAAAAGAAACAAAUACAUUAAAAAUGUGCAAUUAUUAAGAGCUGUGUAAAGACGAAAACCCUGUCAUGUCAUGAGACUGCAAGCAUGUUUAUCUGUUAAAAAAGGGCAUUUUAACAAGAGCUGUAAUUGAGCGUCAGCCUCUAGUGGACACUUCAGGAACAGCAGUUUCUUUCCUGGCUGCUGCCUUACUGUUACAUGAUGUUGCUCCUUGUUAUCGAUUCUGUGAAUUAGCCUGUGAGAGACAGAGACCCUCACACCUGAAAAGACUUUGUUUUUGAUUCACAUUUAUAUGCCAGUUUUAUUUCAAAGUCUGCAGAAGAUUAAAAAUAAAAUAUUUCUGAUUAUAUCUGGCAACACACAAGUCAGCAUAUCUAUAAUUCUGCUUUCUUCACAGUCAAAAAAGGCGCUUUUGUGGCUCUAAUUCAGAGCAGAUUUUCUCUGAAGCGUACAUGUUUAUGUCUUCUUAUGAAGCACUCCGCCGCUCAGCUCUCUCACCCCUGGCUGCUGUGAGCAUUGACUUUACUUUUCCCAGCCAUCUUGAUCUAAUUAUCUGGGCUGCCUGCCUGGUGUCAGUGGGCCAUAAGCAGUGUUUGAAAUGAGUUGGAGGAUUAGCGCUUUGAGUGGCACAAAGCACAGCUGUAGCUAGGUGGGCCUGAUGAGGUUGUGUUUCCUCCCGUCAAUCAUUUCCACCCCAUUAGCGACUCUAUUUUAUUUUCAUUUGUGGGACAGGCAUUGCCAUCUGCUCAGCAGAAUACAUUGUUUCUGGACGAAUGACCUUAAAAGGCGCCAGCUUGUUUCUUCAUUUCAUUCAAACACCAACAGAGUGUACACUAAUAGUCAAUUUUAAAGUUUGUUGGUUAUUGUUGAUUAGUAUUGAUGUACUCUAAGUCUCUUGCACUAAAUCUACAUGAUUAGAUCACUUUGGCUCUAAUAGGUAGAGACCACAACUAGCAUGAUUCAGACUUAUUUCAUCAUAUCCUCUAAUAUGUUGAAUUUAAAGAAAUAGUUCUGGCUUAUUGAAGUAAAGUUGCAUGACAGUGGUUUAACUGUACACUGUAUUCUGGAUAUUUUGAUUUUAACAGCCCUUUCUUUAAGAACUAUAUUCUUAUCUACUCAGUGACCCUUUUGGUGAAGACAAGGGGAUAAAUCAAUGAUCAUAGAGGAAUAACGAACAAAAGAGACUGUCUGACAAAGACUUGGAAACUUAAGUAGUUGGUUGAUGUUUUUAUGCAUUUGUUAAGCUCUAAAAUUCCUGGUGGUUGGGCGCAGUAGGGUCAGAGUUAACAGACAUUUGAGCAAGAUACUCAGAAUUAAAGGGAUAUUCUGGCAUAAAACUAAUUUAGGGUCAAACACACCGUAACACAGAGUUAGACACCCCCUCGGGAGAUAAGUGUUGCCGACUGCUUGCUUCUCUAGUUAUACCAACUUUAGUUACGACCGCACGAUAGCAAUACACAGCGACCUGAGGAGCCACACACAAACCUCAACUGACACGCCACUCUAUAGCCACAAAUAAUGCUCAGAACAGCACCUGACUUGGACUUGUAUAGAGACUAAACAUAACUCACCCACUCUCUUCCAGCAGCCGCUUGUUUGUAGCGGGCUCUCAGGCCAGUCCAUUACGGACUGCUGUGGGGUGACACAGCUCAAGGAAGAACAUUUAUAAUCAUAUCCUCAUGGAAAUGUAAUCAGACUGAGACACUAAGGCAGAAGAACCCACGCGUCUGCAGUGAAAAAUGAUUAAUAUGGUGAUUAUUACUUCAAGGAAAUGAUAAAGAAAUCUAAUCCGUCUAACUCAGUGUUACAGUGUGUUUGACCCUAAAUUCAUUUUACACCAGAAUAUUCCUUUAAUAUUUCUGGGCCUAACAAUGAAAUACAACUUUCUAAUACAGCAGAGAUUGACUAAUUAUUAAAACCCGAUUCAGCUCAGAAAACACCUCAAACAUCACUGUAGUUUGCACACUAUUAACCUAAAACGGUGCCUGAUAAUUGCAUUGUUUCAACAUCUUCCAGAACGUGCACGACAGUCAAAGCAUUACAUUUCAAGAACUAUAUGAAUAUGCAAAAAUAAUCACUUCAUGCAAAGGCAAAAUUAAACACAAAGCAAUAAAGACAGCGAAGAACGAGGCGAAUCAUUUGUCCGCAGGCAGCUGCACGCACAUCAAACGUACAAAAAGCAGUUUUCUGCUUCAAAGACUGCCACACAACAGGCUUGAUAUUAAGCAACAGUGACUCAGAAUGGGGAGGAAAAUAAGCUCCAUGUGAAGCUGAGGGUUUGUUGUGGAGUCAGUACACGGCACAGCUACCACGCUAUGGGUGGAUGAGAGUAAUGUCCGACUGUGUUUAAGUGCUGCCCUGAAGUUUUUGCUCUACAGGCUAAUGUAGAAAACACCAGCUGAGCCAUGAGGGCUGCCUCAGAUCAGGGAAAACAGAGGGGAAGAGGGCAGUUAUUGGACUGUAUUCUAACAUGGACAGGGAGCUCUUCAUCUCCUUGAAUUUAAAAGGUGAUGCCAAAAUAUUCCCUUGACAGGGCUGACAUAUUACUCUGGUGAAUUCAAGGCAUGUGCAGAAGCAAGCCAGCUGGAGGAGCUGUAGAUCUCACAUAUCUAACACCAAUAAAACAGAAAAGAUCCUUUGAUGUUAGAGUUUUUCACCAUUUCUCAUGUUAUUUGCUACUCUGGUAAGAACAUUGCAAGAGUCUCAUUGGUCACCAAAGUUGUCCUUCAAUCUUGUCCCUGCAAACAGAACUAAUAAACAUGUACUCUUAAACUCUUGCACACAAAUAAGCAUGAUAUAACAAAAAACAAAUUUAAGAGAACUUUGAGGUGUUUUUUUAAUUUUCUUAGAGUGGUCCCUGUUCUUUUUUGUUGUAUUAGAGAUAAUCUUCAAGAUUUGUACUGCAACCAGCCACCAGGAGGAGCUCUUAUACUUUUGGCUUCAUUUGGGACAGCUCUUGUUCUGUCCAUGGUUUUCUGUAGUCUAUGGUGCUGGUAUGUCAGUGUACAGAUUUCUGUGAUGAUCUGCAUUGAUAAAUUUUAAAGAUUUUCUUAACAUCAGCUAAAAUGUACUAUCUGAUACACUUAUUUCCAGAAAACAGUGAUUGUUCCUGCACUUAACAAAACCACCACCAGAGGCAGCAGAGCACAACAAAGAGACUACAAAAGUCAUGUGCAACAGGAAAGCAGAGAGGCAUCCACAUUCACUAACACACAUUAUCUCUGUCUGCCUCUUACACACACAUCCAUUAACUAACAUACACACACAUACACACGCAUGCGUGUGCAAGCUCUUUACCGAGUACAAAAGGCUUUCAGAUGGCUUCAUUAGUAAUCCCCUCCUCAAAGCUGAUACCGAUCAAUAACGGCCCCCGUUGCAGAGGGGGCCGAAAUGAGCGUCGCACCCUCCAGUGACAACAAUGGAGAUGUUUGCUGCCUGUAAUUGCAUUUCCAGCGCCACAGCCGAAAGGGCCCGUCAGCUGUAAGUAGACCGUAUUUACACAACAAAUUACCCAGGAGAGAGGGUGGGCGAGGAGAGAGGAGACUCGCAGGCAGAUAGCUACUACACACUGCAGCGGACAGGUAGAGGGGGGAAUUAUAUGUGGUUGGGCCAGUUUUGAAAGGGAGAGAGGACUGUUGCUGCUCUAUUUUUGCCUCUCAGAAAAAAAGAAACUUUCAAGAAGUCAUGAAGGUUGCUAUGUUAGGCCUUUUCAAGCACUGAUAAGAUACUAUGGAAGUAUCUGUGCUGUAUCUGUGUACAGUAAUUAAAUAGAGCACAAUAAUAUAAAAGAAUAAUAUAACAAUAUGAUAACGUAUAAUAAAAUAGGUUGUAAUAAAGGUUGUAUUUCCUUGUUUGCAUUCUUCUGAUUAUUAGUCAUUUUUAUCAGAUGUCGAUGAACAUCAAUGUUACGGUAUUAGCAUUAUAUAUCUGCCAUUGGCCAACAUGGUUUGUGGCAUCACCCAUUAUAAAAACUGAUGCUGGACACACCAUCUAACCCCGCCCGAAUAGACAUGCCAGUCAUCUAACCACGCCUCCAUAGAUGCACCAAUCAUCUAACCCCGCCCUAACAGAAAUGCAAACCAUCUAACUCCGCCUCCAAUAGAAAUGCAAAUCAUCUAACUCCGCCCCCAUAGACACGCUAAUCAUCUUACCCUGCCCGAAUAGACACACAAAUCAUCUAACCCCGCCCUGAUUGACACACAAAUCAUUUAACUCCGCCCCCAUAGACACACCACUCAUCUAACCCCGCCCACAUAGACAUGCUUAUCAUCUAACCCUGCACCGAUUGACACACAAAUCAUUUAACUCCGCCCCGAUAGACACGCCAUUCAUCUAACCCUGCCUUAUAGACACGCAAAUCAUCUAACUCCGCCCCGAUCGACACGCCACUCAUCUAACCCCACCCCCAUUGACACGCCAAUCAUUUAACUCCGCCCCCACAUCAAAGAGAGGCCAGAAUGUUUUGUAAGUGCAGAAAAAGUUUUGUAAAACCAAAAGAAUGUUUUGCAAAAAAAAUGUAAAAGCAAAAACUACCUAAUUUUUAAUAAUUAAGUGAUUAUUUAUAUACUUUUAUGUUUACAAUACUUCAUUUAUGUUUACAAUGCUUCCUGGCCUCCUUUUGGAUCCAUAGGUCAACCACUAAACACCAGUUAACCUCAUUUAAAGAAUGAUGGUGUAACUGGUUCAAAAUAGUUUUUUUCCACUUUUCUCAUAAAAUUAUUCAAAUUUUAGUUUUAAGGUAAACUGUCUCUUUGCGAUACAGUCUGGUGUUUGCAUACAUCAGUUCAUCUCAUUUGAAUAGCUGUGAGGCAUGUGCAGAAAUGAAGGAUACUUCUCUACCUCAAGGACUUGCUUUCAACACCAACGUGUUCAGUGAUAACUCUUUGGCACAUGAUCAGAUCUCUCCUGUCUGUUCAGCACUGUAGUUAGAAGUCUCUUUUAUGGACGCAUGCCAAAGAUUUUCAGCGUCCAUGCCUCUGAAUUUCUCCAAAGUUGCUCGUACAUUCAUGACUGUUACAGCAUGUAAAAUUUGCAAACCACAAAAUUCUGUUUUUAUCUAAGUUUUAGACACCAAAUCCAAACUCUCAUUGAAUUGGUGUUGUAUCCAAUCAUUCGUAUCAAUACAGAGACAAAGUGGCCAGAAAGGGUUAAUCUGCCCCUCUGCAUUAAACUUGACAGUUCCCUCUGAUUAAGAAUUUAUAUGGAGCAUUUUUACUCUGCUUGGGCUUUGACACGCUUCUAAUUGGAUUAACAGACUCUGUGUAAAUACAGCUCCUGUCAUAUGAUACUGAUUGGUAUCAAGGCCAGUAAAACUACUCCUCCAGUCAUUCAGCGUUCUGUUUAUUUAUGCUAAUCUGCUCUAAUCACUUGUAAUGAAGGAUCAAAUCUGGCAAUGGCUGUAAAAUUUGACACUUGACGACUUAAGAACAACACCGAGUAACUCUCUAUGAUCCCAGGUACUCCGGGACAAAUAAACAGAUGAUUUUCUCCGCCCGUUAUACCAGGAUGUGUUUCACAUCACUCACAUGUCCUCUUUUAACCAGACAUGUCAUCUGAGGGCAAAUUGAACUCAUUCAGUCAGAGGGAAAGAGCCUCCACUCCUUCAGAGCAGCGUGCUAUCAAAUUUUAUCACGCUUCACAGUUCGAGAGAGAAAAUCAUCUUCUAUAAAUCAUGUUUGUUCAAUACUGAGCUGUCCAAUUACUGAAAUGAGGGGAAUGCAUGACUGUGCUUCGAGGAGAUUCUUCUGUUAUCUCACCACCUGCUGAAGGCUACUGUAAAUUAUUGAAAUAAAUGGACUUGUUCUUGUUUAAAGAAAGACAUGAGAUUACUUAAAAGCACAGGAGUAAUAAAGAUAUAUUAUGAGGGCCUUGUGCCAUCUAAGGCACCAAACAGUCUUGGAGUAAAUGGAAAUGAUUGAAGUUUGCAGACCAAUCAAGACUUUGGUUAAAGCAACAUUUUAUCUUCCUCUUCCAGAGGACAAGUCUUUAUUUUGUUAACUUUUUCAUUUAUAGGUAGAUUCCAUAGACUGUAUAAUGGAUGCUGCCGUUUUAGGUCAUAAAUCCCGCCUUCUCCAACAAUCCCUAUGGAGUUGUGGACAAAGUUUAGAAAUUUAUUACACAGAAGAUGAAUUUUUCUCCUCCUGCUUGCGAUGUUGACAUGUAGUUACUGUAAGACUGGUUUGUGCUCAAGUCCUCUUUUUUUUGUACAGCUCCAUUUUUAAAAUUAUUCGGGGGUUCAUGUUUUCUAUGAUUGACACUUGAUACAGCCUAUGGGCCCACGAACAUUGCAUAGCUCACCCGGGGGCGAUAUUUUUUUUUUGUAGGAUGGUAGGAGAAAGUCCCGCCUCCUUCGCCUCUGAUUGGCUAGAAAAGCUGGAAACGUCAUCGCAUGCUCAAGCCAAACGCGGGCUGUCGGCUCUGUACAUCCAACAGAACAUUAAAGAACAUUAUCACACUUCUGAAUCUCCUAACCCUAA